AUGCCCAUGUCUGCCCGCGACCGCGCGGCCUACAGAGCUGAUAAUGCGUCGGACCACAAGUUUCUCAGCGACAAGGAGAGGGAGAGGAUCAUAAGGGCAAAUCUUCCCAACCCAAACGAGAUUCCCACCGUUGCAGCCUCGAAAGCCCAAUCACAGCGUCGGUCACGGCUUGGUGUUCGGCGAUUUCUAAAAACUCAGCUCUAUGCGCUUGUGUUUGCCAUUAUGCACGGCCUCUUUUCCCUAUACAUCCGCAUUCGCCAGGCCAUCCAUAUUGUCAGCUACCAAGUCUCUUCCGUAUUGUACUACCAUCACGGAACCCCGGAAUACAUUCGACGGGAUAUAAUCGGUCUAGGCCGAAAGCCUAACCAUCUGAGCGCCAUUCUGAAGGCCGAGGAAAACCAGAGACCUAAAGCUGACCUUGAUCGUCUAAUUGAGGAGACUGCUGAGCUGGCAGCUUGGUGCGCCAGCGCCGAGAUUCCCAUGCUCUCCAUUUACGAGAAGACAGGCAUUCUGAAGAAGCACAUGCCCCGAGUUUACGAAGCCGUCAUGCAAAAGUUCACCUUCUACUUCGCUGGACAACAUCCGAGCCUCUUGCUCACCUCUCCACACAAGGACGCCUACUCAUCUCCAGCACUAGCUGGUGACAAACACGGCCACUUGAAGUUGCACCUCAUCUCUGCCCAAGACGGUAGGGAGUCCAUCGUCGACCUCACUCGGACCUUGGCGGAAAUGUCGCAGAGAGGCAAGAUUUCGCCACGAGACAUCUCUAUGGAACUGGUGGAUGCAGAACUCUCCGAGGGAAUCAUGCCUGAGCCAGAUCUUCUCAUUCUGUUCAGCCCCAACGUGGAGCUGUCUGGCUACCCACCCUGGCAGAUUCGUUUGACGGAAAUUUUCUGCCUCCAGGAUAACGAGGGAUUUGGAUAUCAGGUGUUUUUGAAGGCUCUCCGGAAGUUUGCCAAGGCGCAAAUGCGCAACGGCAAAUGA